AUGGAGAACGAACCCCCACGCACAAGCGGAACCUUUGACCGCAAGUCCGGCCAUGACCAGUACGACCCGGAGGACGACGAGGACGACGAGUACGACGUCGAGGGCAACAGGAGGCCUGCAAACCGCCGCCGGUGGACACCCAGCGCCCCCUCGCACGUCCUCUCGUCCGACCCGGACCUCGAGGGCCUGAGCCUGUACGACAAGAAGUGCGUGCUGAUCAACCGUGAGAUAGACGCCAUGGGCAUGGGCAAGUACCAGUGGAUGAUCUGGGGCCUCUGUGGUUUCGGAUACCUGCUGGAUCUGCUCUGGGCCCAGGCCUUUGGGCUCGCCCUCAGCCCGCUGCAGCAGGAGCUGGGCUUUGGAAACGACCAGUCGGGCAACAUCUCAACGGCCUUCAGCGCCGGGCUUACGGCGGGGGCCUUCUUCUGGGGCGCGCUGAGUGACGUGGUCGGUCGCAAGUGGGCCUUCAACCUGACAUGCCUGUUCUCGUCCGUGUUUGGCUUGUGCCUGGGCGCCUCAAACAACUACACGACGUUCCUGGUCCUGACGGCCUUCGUGGGCUUCGGCGUGGGCGGCAACAUCCCCAUCGACACCACCAUCACGCUCGAGUUCAUCCCGCAGAACAAGCGGUUCCUCCUGGCCACGCUCUCCAUCUUCCAGCCGAUCGGCGUGGUCCUCUGCAGCGCCAUCGCCUUCGGCUUCAUCCCGACCAUGUCGUGCUCGCCAAACUUCUCCGAGGCCAACCCGCUUCCGAGCUGCAACGACCCGGCCCUGGAGGCCGGCGCCCCCUGCUGCGGGCGCGACAACAACAUGGGCUGGCGGUACCUCCUCUUCACGCUGGGCGCCAUCACGCUGGCCGUCUUCUCCCUGCGCUGCUUCGUGUUCCGCUUCCGCGAGAGCCCCAAGUUCCUCGUCUACAAGGGCCAGGACGGCGAGGCCAUCCAGGUCGUGCACCACAUCGCCAACACGAACGGCACCGUCUGCCGCCUGAGCCUGGAGCACUUCGAGGCUCUCAGCAGCGGCGAGGCGAACCCGCGGAGGACGCAGGCCCGCGGCGGCAGCGGCAGCGGCAGCGGCGGCCGGCCCGGGCUUAGGACGCGCAUGAGCAGCACCCUCGGGCGGACGGUCAGCGGGACGGUCACGACCUUCAAGCGGAUGAAGCCGAGCCGGAAGAAGGUCGCGGACCAGAAGAACCGGUACAUGAUGCUGUUCUCGAGCUUCACCAUGGCGAGGCUGACGAUAUUGGUCUGGCUGACUUAUAUCUUUGACUUUUGGGGAUUUACCGUAGCUGGUUUCUACCUGCCCCGUAUCCUAGCCAUCAAGAACGGCGCCGCGUCAGAGGGCAACUCCCUCUCCUUCACCUACGCCUCGUACAUCUACACGUACGCCCCGGGCGCGGUGGGGGUGGUGCUCGGCUCCCUGAUGUACCGGGUCCCGUCGUUCGGGCGCAAGUGGACCAUGACCAUCUCCUCGGGCCUGAUGGGCGCGUCGAUCCUGCUCUUCAGCAUCGUCGACACGGUGCCCAAGAACCUGGGCAUGUUCACCAUGGAGUACUUCUUCCAGAGCAUGUUCAACGCCGUGCUCUACGGCUGGACGCCCGAGGCGUUCCCGGCCCCCGUCCGCGGCACCGCCUGCGGGCUCGCCAGCUUCUGGGGCCGCCUGUUCGGCAUCGUCAGCCCGCUCAUCGCGCAGCACCUCUACGGGAGCAGCGAGGGCGGCGGCGGGACCGGCGACGUCAACUCGGUCCUGUACCUCGCCGGGGGUGUCACGCUGGGCUGUGUUGUCACCACUGCCCUUUUGCCCAACAAGGCUCUGCAGUCGAGCGAUGGGAGGUCAUGA